GGGUUUAACAUUCUUGUUCAAACUCUACAACCAACUUAUCACUCUGCUACAAUGAACCGCCACCGGUGGCGUCAAUCGGCGGAGCUAUGCCGCCGCAUCCACCGUCGUUUCUCCUCUUCAACCGCUUCUCUUCACCCCUUCAAACCGCCCCCAUUCUCCCCUCAAAGAAGAGUUGUCGUCACUGGUUUAGGAAUGGUAACUCCAUUAGGAUGUGGAGUAGAAGCCACAUGGAAGCGGUUAAUCGAUGGGGCAAGCGGUGUUAAGGCUUUAUCUAUUCAAGACCUAAAAAUGAGUGGAUUUGAUGAAGAUACUCAGUUGUAUACAUUUGAUCAGUUGACUUCAAAAGUGGCUGCUAUUGUGCCUUGUGGUACUAAUCCUGGUGAAUUUAACGAGUCGUUAUGGCUCGAUUCUAAGCAUGGUAAAUCAAUUGCAAGGUUUAUAAGCUAUGCGUUGUGUGCUGCGGAUGAAGCACUUAGAGACGCAAAUUGGAUGCCCUCUGAGCAAGAGGACAAGGAGAAUACCGGAGUUUCUAUAGGUGGGGGAAUUGGAAGCAUCGGUGAUAUACUAGAUGCAUCGCAAUUGAUCUGUGAGAAGAGACUCCGUCGUCUUAGUCCUUUUUUUGUCCCUCGGAUUUUGAUAAACAUGGCAGCUGGUCACGUAAGCAUGAAAUACGGCUUCCAGGGUCCCAACCAUGCUGCGGUGACGGCUUGUGCCACGGGGGCAAAUUCAAUCGGUGAUGCAGCAAGAAUGAUCCAGUUUGGCGAUGCUGAUGUCAUGGUGGCCGGAGGAACAGAGGCCAGCAUCGAUGCUUUAUCUAUAGCAGGGUUUUGCAAGUCAAGGGCACUAUCUACAAAGUUCAAUUCAAACCCUCAAGAAGCUUCAAGACCUUUUGAUUGUGAACGAGAUGGAUUUGUCAUAGGGGAAGGUGCUGGUGUUCUUGUCUUGGAAGAACUUGAACAUGCAAAAAAGAGAGGAGCAAAUAUUUAUGCAGAGCUUCGUGGUUAUGGGAUGUCAGGUGACGCACAUCACAUCACACAACCACAUGCGGAUGGAAGAGGCGCUGUUUUGGCCAUGACACGCGCUUUAAAGCAGUCGGGUCUUCUUCUAAAUCAAGUGGAUUAUGUGAACGCCCAUGCGACAUCUACACCUCUGGGUGACAUGGUGGAAGCCCAAGCAAUUAAAUCUUUGUUUUCCGAACAUGCAACAUCCGGUGCCUUGGCCUUUUCGUCCACAAAGGGUGCUAUUGGGCAUCUUCUUGGAGCUGCUGGAGCUGUUGAGGCGAUAUUCACGGUUCUUGCCAUACAUCAAGGAAUCGCUCCUUUGUCACUUAAUCUGAGUAACCCGGAUCCUAUAUUCAAAGAAGCUUUCAUGCCGUUGACCAAGUCAAAGGAGAUGCAGAUCCGAGCAGCGUUAUCAAAUGCGUUUGGGUUUGGAGGAACAAAUGCCGCACUUCUAUUUUCAACCAUCUCAUAACAAAAUCUUGUUCUUUUAGCAAGCAAACUAGAGUUUAUUAUGAUCAAUUUUGACUGUGAACUAUGAGUUUUUGGAAUCUUUGAUUUCUUUUCUUUUUUUUUUUCAAGGAUGCUGAUUUUUGAAUUGAUACAAUGGCUUCAUUACUUGAAUCUCAGAAUUCUAAAUAUGCACAAAAUUUGAAGUUAA